AACAGGCGCCGACAUUUUGUGCAGGAGACAUUUUACUGUGGACUGCAGCUCAUAUCCUCGAUUGAUGUCUGUAACCUGGUUAUAGGAAUAUAGGCUAGCCUACUCUUGUCGUGGCAUAUUUUUGAGGUUAAAACCGUCUUUGGAUCYACAGCGUGACAAGUAUAGACUARUCAGAACAUGUUGCAGUAAUAAUUGUUUACUGAAAUGACCGAAUAAMRUUCCGSUCAUUAUUUGGRAACUUGUCUGUGAGGAAGAAAACGGAGUAACAGUCGGGACCAUUUCUUGYAGACAGACGGCGCACUCACACUCAUUGAACUCUAUCGGACUUUACAUUCUAUACCCCUAGACAUUAGUUUGACACAUUGUUGUCUAUGAUUAACAGGACUGGUGGUUAGUAGCCUACAACAAUCAACAAUGAGCAGACCUGGAUUCACUACAGCCCCUCAUCCUCCUGAUGUCAGGAUUGUGCUGCUGGGUAAAACUGGAGUGGGGAAGAGUGCAACAGGAAACACCAUUCUGGGUCAAGACGUGUUUCACUCAGCUUUGGGCUUUUCCUCAGUUACCAUGAAAUGUCAAGAGAGAACUGUUCUCAUUGGACAGAACAGAGUCAGUGUGGUUGACACUCCAGACUUCUUCUAUGCAACACACACACAGGAGGGUUUGAGUUCAGAGAUAGAGAGAUGUAUCCACCUGUCUGACCCUGGACCCCAUGCAUUUAUCUUUGUUCUAACUCUUGAUACUUUCACUGAGCAGGAGACAGAUGUAGUCACUGCAUUUGAGAAAUGUUUUGGUGAAGUAGCUUCAAGAUACACAAUCAUUGUCUUUACUCAUGGAGACGAGCUGAACAACAGAACAAUAGAGGAAUUAGUAAAGAACAAUGUUAAGUUGUCUGAGCUCAUUGAAGAGCGUGGUUGGAGAUAUCACGUCCUUAACAACAAAGACAGAGCCAAUAGAAACCAGGUGACCGAGCUGCUGGAAAAGAUUCUCUUCAUGAUGUAUGUGAAUGACGGUAGAUGUUACACACAUGACAUGCUGCAGGAGGCACAAAGAAAGGCAAGAGAACUGACUGAGUUGAUGAAAGAGGAGAGUCUCAGGGAGGAAGAGAGGAAAAGACAAGAACACCAGAGAUUGUUGGAGAAGGUGGGAAGAGAGACAGAGGAGAGAGUAUGGAGAGAGAUGGAGGAGAGAGUAGGGAGAGAGACGGAGGGCAGAGUAGGGAGAGAGACGGAUGAGGAAGUUAAAAGAAAGAGUGAAAGGGAAAACAUGGCAAGAGAAGAAGGGGAAACGAGGGGAGAGGAAUCAGAGACAGAAAAUGGGGAAGAAAUGAUAUUGCUUGGCUCUCGACAUAACACACUAGAUUGGUUUAAAAGGCAUCAGGCAUUUAUUUUGAUGUGUUUUGCUGUGCUAAUUAUCAUGGUUGCCAUUAUAUUUAGAAUUUUGUGUUAAUGUGUGAAAGAAACCAAUAGGGUCAUUCCAACAAUAGAGUACCUUUUGGGUAGUUUAAUUUGGUAAGAGCACAUGUUCAACGUCAUCUUAAACAUAAACUUCACUUCUCAAAUAGAAAAAUAUAAAUAAAUACUAUAGUAAGGCCUAUUAAGUGCCAAAUAAAGUAACAGAUUGAUUUAUAACAGGGUUGAGUUUUUCAUCUUAAAUCAGCCAUAACUCCCAUUCUGACUGGGGGAAUGGAAGCUUGUUGUGUGUAACAGGGAGGGCAAUUGAAUGCAAGCUUCACCAAAAAUAAUCUAUCAAUGUUAUGUUAUGCUCGACCUGCGCAGUGUUCCACAAAACACCAGAAAAUGGCCAAAAAGAGUAUGCCCAGCUCACCUGCUUUUACACUAUGAUUUAACUACUA